UUUCGAUGAGUUUAUUCUACGAGGAGAUCGCCAAUAUUUUUGUGAAAAAAGAAUUAUUCUUGUUUUUUUUGGAAUAAAAUUUUGGUAAUUUAACAAAAAUAUAAUACAGGAUUUCACUUUUUUGUAAAAAGGAAAAUUUGCAAUAUAAAAUUAAAUAAAGUGAAAUAAGACUGACAGAAAAUAAAAAGUUAAUUUUUUUUUGUGUUCGAAUACAAGUACUAAGUUAUCAAUUUAUCUCUUUCUUUUCCAUAUGUUCUGUAACUUAUAAUUACCACCCUGAAAACAGUAACUAGAAAUCAGUUGUUCAUGUUCCCGUUGCCCGUCUUCAAAUUAUUUUUGAGUUGGUAAAAGUUUUUCUAAAACAAAAAAAAAAGAAAGCUGAAAAACAAUAUAUAAUAAUUUGACAAUAAAAAAAACAUCGGGAAUAAAAAUAAAUAAUGCAAAAAAUUAUAAAACAAAGUUAAAAGAUGAAUGUUUAGUUCUAAAAUAAUUAAAUUUUUACGAUUUAUAUGAAGUUGAAAAAAAAAUAUUUAGAUAUUAUUGUGCGCCAUACUUAAACCUAAUAAAGAAAAAAAAAUUUACAUUUCCGUAGAUUAAAUUUGGAUUAGUCUCGGAUAAAGUAAAUAAAAGUAAUAAAUUAAUAUUAUAAAUAGUAUUUUAUAAUGGCUUGCUUAAAUACUUUAAAAAUGGAAAUAAAAACACUUGAAAAAACAUUUACAAAAAAUCAUGAACGUUUUCAGAUUUUGAAUGCCAGUGUUGAUGAAUUGACUUGUAGAUUUAUAAGUAAAAAUGGAAAAAGAUAUGAUAUUCAUGCUAAUAUUACGGAAACUUAUCCUUCUUCACCUCCUGUAUGGUUUGCUGAAAGUGAAGAAACAAGCGUUACGAAUGCUGUACAGAUUUUAAGUAAUACCAAUGGUCGUGAUAACCAUGUAAUUAAUCAAGUUGGAAUAUUAUUAAGGGAAUUAUGUCGUUUGCACAAUGUACCCUUACCACCCGAUUUAGAUAAUUUAACAAUACCAUUUCAAUUACCUCCGUCUAAUUCAUCGCCCGUAAAUCCUGCAUCACAAAAUCAACAAAUUGAAGAAAUAGAUUCAGAUCCCGAUGAAAUCGAAGAUCCUGUUGGUGAUAGUGAACAAGAAAGUGAUGGCGAUGAAGAUUUACCACUAGAAAUGGAUGAUGGACGAAAUACGAAUAAAAAAGAUGAAAUGGAAGUAGAACAUCUUGCCACAUUAGAAAGACUGCGUCAAUCACAAAGACAAGAUUACUUAAAAGGUUCGGUUUCUGGAUCUGUGCAAGCAACUGAUCGUUUAAUGAAAGAAUUACGUGAUAUUUAUCGUUCAGAUUCAUUUAAAUCGAAUAUGUAUUCAAUAGAAUUGGUAAAUGAUUCAAUAUAUGAAUGGAAUAUACGUUUAAAAUCCGUUGAUCCCGAUAGUCCUCUACAUAAUGAUUUAAUAUUACUUAAAGAAAAAGAGGGAAAAGAUUCAAUUUUGCUAAAUAUUAUGUUUAAGGAAACUUAUCCAUUUGAACCACCUUUUGUUAGAGUAGUACAUCCAAUUAUUUCAGGCGGAUAUGUAUUGGUAGGAGGUGCAAUUUGCAUGGAAUUACUUACUAAACAAGGCUGGAGCUCAGCAUAUACUGUUGAAGCGGUAAUAAUGCAAAUAGCUGCUACUCUAGUCAAAGGAAAAGCUCGAAUACAAUUUGGGGCUACAAAAGUAUUAUCGCAGGGACAGUAUAGCCUUGCUAGGGCGCAACAAAGCUUUAAGUCUCUUGUACAAAUACAUGAAAAAAAUGGUUGGUUUACCCCUCCAAAAGAAGACGGUUAAAAUGGAAAUUUAUGUUUCAAUUUCUCUUGUGAAAUACGUUUUACGCCAUAACUAUUUAUCUGUAGAAUAUAAUAUAAAAUUUAAAAAAGGAAUAUUAAUUUUAAUGAUAAACAAAAUAUUAAAAAGAACUAUGUGAAGGAUAUAAAUAAAAUCUAACACAUUCACAAAAACAUAAAACAAAAAAAAUUAAGUAUUAGAGAAUUAUAUAAGUUUCAAUUAUAUUGAAAAAUUGAAAAUUUUAUCAAGCGUAAAAUAACUAGAGUUAAAGUAAAAAAAAAUUUAUAAAUAAAGUUGUAUAAAAUAAAAAAUUAAACCAAUCAAUAAAAAAACAGCUGUUUCAUACCGUGUUACGUUUACUUGCAACUAAUAAAUUCGAUUUUAAUUAUAGCUUGAUAUAAUGUGUGAUUUCAUUUUAAAUAAAAUUUAUUUCUCUUUAA